AUGUGCGGCCGCGGGAGGGCGGACGCCGUGCGGCUGCGGCUCGUGCGGCCCUCCUUCUCGUACAAGACGACCGCGUACGUGCUCUACGCCUCGGGCGCGCGCAAGCUGCUCCGCUCCGGCUUCCUCUCGCACCUCCUCCCGCUCGACGAUUUUCUGCCCGCCCUGUACGGGCGGCACGAGCCGGGGCCGGGCCUCGCGCGGGCGGAUGUGGACGCGCUCGUCGCGGGCGCGCCGCGGCUGACCGCUUACGCGGUGCGGCCGCUGGCGUGCUGGGAGCGGCGCGGACUCAGCGACACGGAGGCGAGCGAGGAGGUCGCGGGACGAACUUGA